UUUCAUGAAAUAUCAUAAUAAAAAUAAAAACAGCAUAAUUAUUAAUUAUGCAGUAAAAUACAAUUUAAAAUUAUAAAUUAAAUGUGUAGCUGAUCAAGCAACUUUUUGGUGUACAGUAAAAACAUUCAAAAUUCAUGAAUUUCCGGGCCCAAAUAAUUACAUCCCUUAGAACCCCCCCCCCCCCGGCUACGGCCUUGAGGGUAUCGAACUAUGAUAGAAACCAUGGCUAAAUUUAUUCAUAUUUAGGUAUGUAAUUAUAUUUAACCAUAACUCAUGAUCGAAACAACAUAGUGACGACCCAUGUCCAUCGCCUAUCCUAUAUUUCUAUUCUACUAUCCAAUAUUGAUGUAACGCAAGCGCAAUAACGAACGAAGAAUGUGUCACAACUUUUAUCCCCUAACCGGUAAGCCGUCGCCUCUCGCGGGCUAGUCUUGUCGUGACGGUAGACGGUUACGCCGCAGUGCCGUGCGCCGCGCUUAGGUCAUAUUGUCGCUUUUCCGCCUUCAGAGAACGUGUGUCGCGCGUCAUGAUCGAUCGAAGUAAAACCUCGUGUUUCGCGCGACGCGUACCGUCAAAGUUUGCGUCGUUCACGAUAUCGUUUAUUGUCCCGUCGAUCACCAUGAGUGCAUGUCGUUGUGCGAUAAUUAUUGGUCGCCGCGUGUUAUUCGUAACCCGUAGAGCGGGCGUUAAAAGUUGUCCCUCUCGUUUUGUAAUUUCGCCGAUCACAUCGCGUGCUCACCAUUGUGCCGCUGUCCGCCGCGUGCGAUCGUUGGGAGGCGAAACAAGUUUAGUUCGCGGAUGCCACAAAGUAAUAUCAUAUUAUUAUAAUAAUAUUAUGUUUGAUUGGAAGUGCUGUCGAUCGCCCCCUUUAACCGUGGACGUUACGACUAUAUAUUUUGACUCAUCUAUAAAUUGUAUUAUCAUCGACGAUGUGUACUCACUCACUCAUACGCUGUCGCUGCCGACGUCGACCUGUAAAUAUCUGUGUUAAUAUAUAGGUCAUUGCUGUUGUGAUUGCUCACUCAAGUAUAGGUACGCAAUCUGGAAAUCAGCGCAUUCGUGAUCAUCACCGCUCACGUGGCUGGUUAGUCAAUUUACCUGAGAUUGUGUUUUUGAUGUCUGUGUAGAUCGAGACGGUGGUAUCAACUCAUCAGCGUUCCCGUUUUGGCAACUUGUUGUAAUUGUGUUUGUUGAGUUGCACUUGUGGGCUGUAUCAACAAUGGAUAAAUCAAAGAAGAAGAAAUCUCCUAGUUUAAAAGUAUCAACAAUGGACAAAUCAAAGAAGAAGAAAUCUACUGGUUUAAAAGUAAUGAACAAAAUUGAAACCAAUAAACUUUUAAAACCUGAACAACGUUUUAUUGGAUUUGAUAAUGAUGAUGAACUGUUGAUAAUUAUUGAGAAUAAGAAAAAAUUGUUAAAAAUGGAAAUUAUAAAAGAAUCAGGUGAACCUAUGGAUGUCAAAGAUCCAUCAAUUGUUAAAAAUAAUCAUGUUAAUAAAAAGAGAAGACAGUCUAAAUCAAGUAUAUCAUCGCCAAAAUCUCAUGUGGUUAAGAAUAAUCAGAGUAAUAAGAGGCCUAAGAAAUACAAUUUACGAAGUAAUACCUUAGAUUCUUUGGAUUUUAAAGUCCCUUCUACUUCAGAAAUUUGUAAUCCAACAUUCAACCUUACCUCUUCUAAAACUAGAAAGGUGCCUCGUAGAGGUAGAAAAAUAAAUGUUGAUAUCAGUGAUGCUAUUUACAAACUUCCACUUGAGCAUGGAUGGAGACGAGAAUUAGUUUAUAGAAAAUCGAGUAAAUCUACUAUUCUUAAUGGAACAGAUAGAAGUGGUGCUGUAUACUAUUAUUCUCCAAGUAACCAAAAACUUAGAUCAUUACGAAAAAUUCGGGAACAAUUGGACAUCUCAGCUGAUAAAGAUCUAACUAUAGAAAACUUUACAUUUUUAAAACAACCAAUUGGCAUGAAUGACCGAACAAAAGAACUGAUCAGAGUUGCAAAUUCUAAAUUAUCUAAAGAAGAUUCUUUUUUUGGCGUUAGACCUAUAAAAUUUGAAACGCCUGUACAGCAGCCACCAUUUGAUUAUGAAUUGUCAGAUGCUGAAAACAACAAGUCUUCAAAUAAAAUAAAAAAUGCAAAGAGCUCCCCAACAUUGAGAUCUAAAGAAGGUAAUUCAUAUACACCUGAAUAUACAUCUGAAGAUGGGCCAGCUAUUAAAUUAGAACCUAAUGUUUCUUCUUCAAAACUUGAGAAUAUUGAUGUAAAUGACACAACCAAUAAAAAAUGGAAUUCAGAAAUUAAUGGUUCAUUAAGAGGAAAAAUGUUAACAUCUUUCGCUCCAAUGCAAUCAGUCCAUUACAUGGUUAAAGCAUUGGGGCAUAUUUUUAAACAUCUGAACACACGUGAGCUUUUAUCAGCUUCUAGAGUAUGUACCACCUGGCAUUUAAUUGCAAUGAAUAACCUCUUAUGGCAGAAUGUACGCUUAGAAAAUUUUAUGGUCUAUGACUGGGAAAGAUUUGUAGACUUUAUUGAUCAACAGAGAACUGGUUCAUUAGACACUAGUUGUAUGUUGAUACCUGUUCAAGUUGAAGAAUUCAAAAGUUUUUGGUCGCGUUUUUCUAUCGCAAUCAAAAGAGCACAAAAAUUAAAAUUCAUUGAAUUGUCUAAAUGUCCUACCCAUGUAGUUGAAGAUAUUAUUUACUCAUUACCUCAAAUUGAAGUACUUAAUGCGACUUCAAUAAAAAAUCCACAUGUACCAAAAAGGACAAAAAACUUCAACGAUCCUAUGCUCCUAAACUUAAUUAAUUUGGGACAAAUGACAAAUCUCACAGAGUUAAGACUAAAAGGUUUAACUGGAAUAAAAAUUACGUCAAUGCCAUCAUUUCAAAAUUUAACACAAUUGAAUAAAUUUUCAUUAACCUCUAUUGAAUCAUUUCCAAAAGACUUCUGUCAGAUUUUCGAGACUAUCACUGAUAAAAUUGAAUUUUUGGAAAUUGGUGAUUGCAAUUGCUUAUCAAAGAAUUUUGCAGUGUCACUAAAAAAAUUUGUCAAUCUGAAAUCAUUGCGAUUAGAAAAUUUGUGUGAUUUACGGGAAACAUUUGUACAUGAUGUUCUUACUGUCAUUAGAAGUCUAGAAAAACUCAAUGUUCUGGAAUUGAUAAACAUAAGAUUCACUAAUUGUGUCAAAGAUGAAUUGGAAAAAUGUGACAGUAUUAAAGCUUUACUGAUUAUUCCUGUUUAUGGGACCAAAUGUGCAUCUGUUAAUUCUAACCUGAUUGAUUGUUUCGAGAAACUCUCCAAUACAUUAACACAUUUAGGUUGGGGAAUUACUCACGAGUUUCUGCGUGUGACAGACAUGUUUUUAACUCAAUUUAAACAGAAUAGGCAUAUGGAUGAUAAUAAUUUAGAAUCAUUCCCAAUCGAUGAAACAACCAACUAUAUACCUAUACUAGGUACAAGAAAGCCCAGCCAGCAGUCAGGAGAUGAGCCUGCUCCCGAAAAAGAAAAAAAGAAGGUCAAUUCAGAUAAGGACAUUACUAUGCUUACAGUUCCCAAUCUAGAGAAAAUGUUAGACACGAUGAUGCCUAAUGCUAAGACUAGGGUAAUUAAGGUUCCCUUUUCUAGAACAGUUAGAACUUAUUUGAGGGAUCAGUUUAAUGAUCUUUGAACUAAAUGUGUAGUAUUCAUUUGUUUAUUUACAUGAGAAACCUUUCAUGCUAUGGUUCUUCUUUUUGUGACCACAAAAAAAAAAAAUUUUGAACUUCAAGGUGGAAAUUAUAACAAUUUCGAUUAUUAGUUAUAAUGUACAUGUAUUAUAUUUUACUAUAUGUUAAAUAAUAACUGAUCAUUAAGCUUAAAUGUUAUCAUACAUCAAAUAGAUUUAUAUUUGUAAUAAUUUUUUUUCAUUUUGUUAAUAAUAUUAAUCUAUUAUUUGAAAAUGUAAAUCUUGCUAUUCAUUGUAUAGUAAUUCAAUUUUGAUUCAAAUCUAAACACAAUUAGGUUCAAAAACUUUUUAAGUAAUAGUUAAAUUCUAUGUACUUUUUAUGAAAAAUAAUUUAUGUAGUAUAUCAUUUUUAAUAAUUAAAAUAAAUAAUUAAAUUUCAAUAACCAACUAUGUAUCUUGCUCAAAUCCCAAAAGAUAACUGUUCAAGUGAUCCAAAAAUAAAAUAAAAACUACGUUUUUGUGCCUAUAAUUGCACUUUAUAUAGGUACAUAAAGGAAAUUGUGUUUCAAGUUUUCACUCAGUAUAAAUUGUUUAUUUUUAAUAACAGCAUGCUGAAGAAAAUAAUUUACUAAAACUUAAUGUAACCUUGUAUGCAUUUACCAUGUAUUAAAAAUUAAAAAUU